CAACUGAGGGGGAGACAACCGAGGGGGAGACAGUGGGGGGAGAGAGAGGGGAGGAGGAAGGGGGCACAGUGAAGGAAGAGGAGGAGGAAGUAAGGGAGGAAGGAGAGAGCAAAGGAGAGACAGAGCAGACAGUGACGGAGGAAGAGGAGAGAGUGAAGGAGGAGGAGGAGACAGAGGGAGGUGACACAGAGGAGAAGGAGGAGGAGACAGAGGGAGGUGACACAGGGGAGAAGGAGGAGGAGACAGUAAGAGAGGAAGGAGAGAGAGGAGAGGAGGAAGAGGAGACGGUGAAGGACGAAGAGGAGGUCGUUAAACAAGAGGAAGAGAAGGAGGAGGAGGAGGUGAAGGCUGGAGGAGCAGAGGAGUCAACAAGAGAGGAAGGAGAGGAGGAGAAGGGAGGAGAUGAAGAAGGAAAGGAAGGAAGUGAAGAGGGUGAGGCGGCAUGACGUCAUCAUCCUGCGUCUGUCGUUUCUCACGUGUUCAAGUCUCCCCGCUCAACUCAGGAGAGAGGGGGCGGGGUCAAAGAGAGCGCUGACGUGAUUGGACAGGAGGCUGAUUAGACUGAAGUGUCUCUGCUGGACUGUGAUUGGACAGCUGUGCUGAAGGUGGGAGGGACAGGUUGGUGAUUGAGGUGUGCUGAAACCAAUCAGGAACUUUUGAUUGUUUAAACAGUUUGAGAAAGCAACAGAAGAGUUCAUAUUUAUAAUCAAAAAAAGAUUUUAAAAAGUUAAAAAAUAUAUAUUUAAUUCAAUAUUUUAUUUAAACAGAUUUAUCUUCAAACCUUCAGACAGUCUAAGACACUCUGAGGGUCACUUUAACACUCUAGAGGACGAUUUUCUCUCAUUAAGUCCAAAUACACUGAAUCCUACAUUUCCCACAAUGCACCUGACCUGUACCUUCUUUCUUAUUCACACUCUACAGACAUAAAGAAGAUUUAUCAGAGAAAGAGGAGGAUGUAACAGUGCAGCUAUUCAUUAUUAUUAUCAGCCACUGCCCUUUCAAAAUAAAAGACUACAGCCAACAAACAAAGGCUGGCUUUUAUUGUGAAACAGCCCCAGGACUCUGAGUUAUAAAAACACCUGCUGUUACCAGCUGUGACCACCAGGUGUCACCAAAUCACUGAAGGACUACAGAGGCACAUUAAAAACAUCAGAGAUUUUCAGAAUAAAAGUACAAAAACUGUAUGAAAAUAGGAGAUUUAUAUAUGAAAGUGAAUAUGGAGGUGAUAAAACAAACGACUUACAAACGUGAAAAGUUUCAACAUUUCUAAAAAGUCUUAAAAAUAAAUCAAAGUGGUAAUAUUACAAAAAAGUCAGAAGACAAAUGUCUAAAUAUUUUAAAAAGUCUGAAAAUUUUAAGAAAUUAAAUUAACUUCUGUGAAAGUGGAAACAUGAGAAACAAUCACAAUAAAACUAGACUAAAAAUGUAAAAACAAGAAAAAAGUGGAGAUAGAAGAAGAAAAAAAGUCAAUAACCAAUUACAAUGACUGGAGAAAGUCUGAAUUAUACUGUGAAAGAGUCAUAUCAUUAUUAGACUUAAGUCCUUUAAUACAAUUAAAGCUCUGAUGAGGUUUUUUCCUCAUUUAUGAAAUAGAUUAAAAUUCAUAUUAAUGUCUUUUUAUGACCGUCAGCAUCAGGACUGAUCAUUUUUAAUAUCUGAACCCGGAGCGAGGGGUUCGGUGUCAGCUCAGUUUUUACAGUUUCUACAUAAAAUAUUGACAAUAAAGAAAAAACAGAACUGUCAGAGGUCGACAGGAUGAGAUUUAUACUGAAGGUCACUAAACAUGUCAAAAAUAAGAUAAGUAAAGACUUCUUUGUCCACAGGGGGGCGCCAAAACAGACUCAAAAUCACUGACAGGGGCUUUAAGUGGAAUCUUGAUGUUUCAGGAAUAAAGAGUUAAUUUUAGAGAGAACAGCUCUGAUCUGUGGAGCUGCUGUUUUUCAGAAUAAAACCAGUUUAUUAGGAUCAUGAAGGUUUAAGGACUCGCUUAUUUUCAGUAAAUUUGAAGUUAAACUCGACAAGAUGCUCCAUGUUGUCGCUCAGACCGCAGACUCCAAUGUUCCCCUUCAAAAUAAAAUACAGAUUAACUUAAACCGUAGCCUCCUCUCAUGAUAUCCUGACUUUAAUCCUAAACUCUGAUAUUUUCUAUCGUAGAGUCAGAGCGUUUAUCUGCUGCUCACCGAGGUUUGACCUUUUCCAGACUCUUUAUUCAGAAAAUCUCCUGUUUUAUUUCUCUGACUCUGACAACGGCGCCGUGUGUGAGGUCACAAAGUGGCGGUUCAUGGCUGUCAUGGUGCCUUCGAUUUCAGCGUCAGUUCCUGAUUGGUGGAGAGAGUUUUUAGCCGAUGAACAAAGAAGUUUCUAUUGAAAUAAAUCUGAGAGAUUAUUUAUGUGCUGUACCUGAGAUUAUACUGAUUCUACUGCUGUUACCCACUGAUGUAAAGAUUGUAUGUACAUCGUUUUAUAGAGAUAUCAAAUAUCUUAAGUCUGUCCUCUCGUUUUCAAUGAACCUGUACAGAUAGAUUUUAUCAAUUAAUUCUCUGUAUUUAGAGUUUUUAGGCGUGUUUAGAGCUGAUUCACAUGAGAUUUUCUAUUCCACAGUCAGACUGUAGGGGGCGUCACACCGGCCAGUUUGGCACAUUGAUGGUCAGAUAGAGUAAAGGAGGCUGAGCUGAUACAGGAGGACGCUGUGAGGGCGGAGCAGGGCGCGGUCUGUCAGCCAUCUUUGUCACAUGGUUCACAGGUGUGUUUCACUUAGUCGAGCUUCUCCGACAGACUCAGAUCGGAGGUUAACUAUGAGUUUCACUUCUGUACGGGCGCUUUUCUUCAACACAAAGAACAUUUCCACAAUUAAAGGCGAAUUUCUACCAAAUAAAGACAAAAACAGGCUGACAGUCAUUCAAGACUUUCCUAAAGACCAGCGACUACUUUAACCAGUCAGUCUUUAUUUAUAUUGCACUUUUCUUACACGCCCAUGUAGCACAAAGCGCUUUACACAGAAAAAGGAAUAAAAGAAACAAAGAAAACCUCGAUCUACCCCAACCCAGGAAAAAAAGACCCAGGCUUUAAAUCUCUGACUAAAUAUUAUCAACAUUAGCUUCUCUAACAGCCGAGCUAAUUAUCCGUUUCUCUGGAGAUCCAUUAUGAACGUUAACUCUCCCAGCAGAAGUUAAACAAACGGAUAUUUUCCACAGAAACAAAGAAGAAAAACAGACCUCAGUGAAUGUCUCUGAGGUCUUCAGGCUCUUUAAGAAACUUUAACUCAGAUCUUUAACUUAGUUUUCCUCUCGUUUCGGUUCAGUCGGGUUCCUCUCUCUGACGGUCGAUGUUUCCAAACUGAGCGUUGGUGUGACGUCCGUAUCGCCUGUUUGUAUCAGGUGAUUCUUCCGUGUCCCUCUGCCUGUUUUUAUAAAUGUACCGUGUCUGUUUCUCCUGUUGAAAGAAUGAAUAAAACUUUUUUCUUUCUCUAAAA